UGGAGGGAUUCCUAAAUGAAUUAGUGACUAAAUUUUCAGGUGGUCGGAAAUGGAAGCAUAAUCCAUUGAUUGAACAAACCCACCAUUCUGGGUCUCUUCUUUCUCACGCCUCACACCUCUGCCCUCCUCUCUAUUACUGGAGCACCACUGCAAGGGUUAGCACCACUGUUGCUUUGUCUCAGAUAGUUGUUAUUGUAGUUUGCAUCAUGGUUCCUAACUUGAAGACUGGUCGGCUCAAUAAAAGGUCACUGAUGACCACUGAAACAAACUCGCCGGCUGCUAUUCCCUUAGGAUCAACAGUUGCACCACCUCCUGUUGUCCCCUCAGGAUCAAUCGGUGCAUCUUCUCCUAAUGUGACUAGCCCACCAUUCGAGGAUUCUGAUGAGACACAACCACCGUCAGAAACUCAAAAUCAUGUCACAAGGACUUCUUGGUCCACACGUGUACGAGGACCUACACUUGGAAAAGGAAUACAAAAAAUAAUGAGAUCUAACAAACGGGGAAAAUUAUAUGUUCACAUAGAUCGUGUCCUAAAUGCAAUGACCGGAGAUUAUGCCACUCCAGUAGCUAAUAAGUUAGGGCUUCAAAUUAGGAGUAUGUGCCCUCUCAAGGAUGUUACGUCGUGGCUAAAUAUGGAUGAGACUACCAAAGCUACCAUCAUCCAAGAUGUUCUCGUAAUUGAUAAUAUUGGGCAAUAUGUAUUCCUCUAUUAUUUGUACUUGUAAGAAGCACUUAUUUUAAUGAUUGGCAUUUUCACUUGUUAUGGUUGUAAGACAAGUUUGAUAUUGGGGAUGAUUUUCACAAUGACUCACAAGCUCAGCAAAUUAUGAAUACAAAGGCAUAUAAGUUGUACAAAGAUUGGAGGUACAACUUGAAGCAAGAAUUCGAGCUAUUAAAGGAAGAGGGUGUUGAUGACUUAUACGCUCAUCCGCCCUGAGGGAUGAGUUUGGAUGAUUGGAAACAUUUGAUCGACGUGGCAUGGCAAGAUGCAUCUCACCAAGUAAAAUAGUAAUGCAUCAUACAUAGUCCUAUGCCAAAUGUGAUAUGCCUCAAUAUUUAACAAAAAAUUGUUUAUGAACUUAUUUUUUGUAGAAACGGUCAAAAGCUGGUAAGAGUAACAGAACUCAGUUGCCAUAGAAUCAUACUAGUGGAUCUCGCUCAUUUCCUAUCAUGAUGGCUGCUAUUGUAGCGAAAAAUGUGGACUUGGAUUUUUCUAAGUUUUAUGAGGACAGCCACACGUCCAAGAAGACGAAUGACUGGAUCCAUCCCAAAUGCGGUGAGCUGCAUCAAAAGAUGGUCAAUCUACAAGAGGCUGCCAUUGAAUCAGGGACGCCGUUGACGCAGGAGGAGCUUUCAAGGAAAGUGCUUGGCGAGAAGAAAAAGUACUUGCUUGGAUUUGGGAUCGGCCCACAACCGUCCACCAUAGCUGCAUCACGAGCACGUGAUAAGGACAUGGAGGCAAUGAGAGCUGAGAUGGAGGCACUUCGUAUGGAGCAACAAAGAGAUCGUGAAGAGUUGAUAAGAGGGCGAGAGGAGCGCAAGAAAUAUUAAAAUUAUAUGUUGAGAGAGCGAGAGGAACGCGAGAAAUAUUACAACGAUAUGUUAAAAGAGCGAGAGGAGCGCGAGAGAUGUUACAAUGAGAUGUUGCAACAGCAGGCGCAAGGACAGAAAGAUUGGGAGGAGACAGAUAAAAAGGUUGAUAAUCUGAAUAAUGUAGUCACCAAACUCACACAACUCUUGGGGAUCUAAGGUGGUCAAAUGACGUUUACUAUUUGGUAAGUACAAUUUUCUUAAUGUUUAAAAUAAUUUGUUAAAAUUUGUUAGAUUUAACAAUGAACUAGUCAAUUGACCUGUAGGGACAGGCGGUAUGUGAAUAGGGCAUGUAGGUCACUUGAACCCACACCAUAAUAAUAAUACUUGGGGCGGAUAACACAUGUAAGCAUGCCAGGUCACGAACUUUUAUAUGAACAAAUCUUUGAUGUCCAAAUUUUUAAUUUUUGCUGGAUUGUUGAAUUUUUGUUAUUGCAUAUUAUCUUUAUUGUACUUUUUCACAAAGUGGGGUGAUGCAAUUAGAAUUUUGAUCACGUAACAAUUCAAAAGAGUAUAUGCUACUUAUGGUUAUGAAAUCAGCUUUGCAGGUUUAUUAGAUGUUCAUUGUUGGGAUUUGUGUAGGUUAAAAACUAGCUCUUUUCAGCUACUCGAUGUUUUUCCCUUGUUAACUUUUUUGUUGACAUCAGGAUCUGAACUGUUACCGCCUUGCGGUGCAAAGCAAUUCUAAUGUCUAAAAUUGUGAUCACCAUAUUUUGUGUCCUUCAAAUUAUUGGAGAUUAUCACCUAAAGUAGUCAUGUUUUAGGUGUCAUCAAUAAAUCAACCAUGAUUUAGUGCAAACUUGUAAUAUUGGAUUUAGUCACUGGAUCUGAACUGUUACCGCCUUGGAUUUAGUCAUAUUUUGUGUUUAGUUUCUUUAGUAUGCAUAAUAUUGGAUUUAGUUCCACUUCUUUGCUGCAUCAUGUUUCUAAUGUUUGAUUGUGGGAAAUAAAAUUACUUUGGGACUAUAAAUUCUUUUUUGAAUGUGUUAAGGUUUUUAUAUAUAAUUUAUGACGAAAUUGGACACUUUAUGAGCUGUCAAGGAAUUGCCUUUUGUAUUUUCCUAGAGUUCUUAUGUGCCGAUUGAUUUGUGUCUAUUGGUCAGCUAUUAAAUAUUUUGGAUUGUUGUACAUUGUUAGAGGUGUUACUAUGUAUCUUAUUUUGUGCUCUCAAAUUGCUGAUUGCAUUUUCUUUGUAUCUUUCACAAAUUUCCUUCAUCUCUACCUAAUUUUCCAUGAUGUGGCCUCUGUUUGUGGAAUGCUUUGCAAAAACUUAUAUCUGCUGUUAAUCUAAUUGCAAAAACAUCCAAUGUACAUAUACGUGGAGAUAAAUAUUAGUUAAAUGUAAGAUGUUGGAAAGUAAGACAAGGUGUUUUGUAUCUUUCAUCGCAAGUUUAAAACCAAAAAUAUGCACAGUAGAGUUUGCACAAUCAUUCCCAUUACUUUUGUCUUUGCUCGAGAGCAAACUUGAUUUUCAGACCUUUUAUGUUCGUAGUGAUAAUAUCGUUCAAGGCUUCUACACAUUUUCCGUCAACUGUUUCCCAUAUCAUAAGGUUUUGGCUAUGCAUAGUUGAUUAUUUGUUUAUUGAUUGAAUAGUUUUGGAAUAUGAUACCUACUAGUGUCCAAUAACAAUAGUUCAAUUUUACCCCAGUCCUAUUAUGACUCAAAUGUAUGCUAGUCCAAUAAAUGCUCUACAAUUUAAAGUGCACUCAAAAAACAGCCUCUGAGGGCCAAGAGAUGUUCCACUCAAGUAUUGCUAAUAUUAUGUUUUGCCAAAAUCAACUCUUAUUCGGAAAAAGCCGUUCAGGGGGCGAAAAUGCGAAAAAGCCCCCCAACUAAUGUUGUGAUGUAACCGGCAAGUUUCUCAGCCAAAUAGACCUGUAGGGAUAGAUGGUACAUAAAUAGGAUAGGUAAGCUGGGAGUUAGGGGAGAAAACAUCUUAAACUUAGUCGAAAAAGGCAUU